ACAGGGAAGAAGUUUAAUUUAAUAUAAACAUUCUAAGAAUUUGGAGAAUCAAAGAUGGAAUUUAUACGUGGCUAGAAAAUACCAUCGUUAUUACUAUCAUUUCACUGGAAUAUAAAAAGGUACAGGUACAAUUUUCACAAGCAUCGUUCCGAAAGUAAGAAGAUUAAAAAGGGUUAGUUAUUGUCGCGAUGGCUAACCAAACUGCGAAUACUUAACGAACCCUGAACUCUCUCUGUUUUCCUUUGCAAUUUCACAGAAAACUCGAAGCUGGCUUAUAAUUUCCCCUACGUUACGAUGCAUAUUUGCGAAUACAACGCGACGGCAGCAUGGCUCGCUUAUAAUUAACAUAAAUGCCGUGGUCAGGAUUAAUUAAAUUUCUGGUGCAUGCGCGGCAAUUAUACGAAUUUCGUCGGUCCUAUUCUGCCCAGCUUUUAUUAAUUUCAAUUUCACCAGAACACGUAUACGAGGCCAGUUAAGGUGCACUAGUUUAAAACGAUGCAGAUUGCUCUGUUUUUGCCGUUAUCGGAUUAUCGCAAGAACUUGGCCGUUUUGAACUGGUAUUCUUUCAUGGAAAGGAGAAGCCGAAGAAAAUUCUGCUUGGAUAAUUACCUGGCAAUCGAAUAAAGGGUUUUAUGAACGCAAUAUUAUUUCAUGGAACAAGAAAUAAAGGGGGAUGUGGUUAAUGGAUAAUAAUCGCCUAGUAAUUAAAUGAAAUUCAGAAGAAAUUAAAGAAGAAUUAACUUCCACAUCGUUCAAAAUUUAUUACCAAAGAUACCAAGGAAAAAUAUUUUAAUCACAACAUAACAAAUUCCAUUUUAUACUGAAACAUCUCUGGUACUCUAUAUUGGAAAGAGUUAAAAAAAGAAGAAGAUAUCUUGAGAUACGGAUCUAACACGAUACGAUAGCCUGUCCAAUGCACAGCUUGAGGUCGUUUAAAUUGGACCCCUAACUCUUUCUCGCCACUUUAUUUUCCCAACAGGGGUUUUCUUCUUUCUUCGUUAUUCCUGGUCGCAUUGUCGCGGCAGAUGAUGAGGUACGAAAAGUAUUACGUGGUCGUCCUGAAAAAGCCAUCGCGUUGCUCCAUAAAAACAGAAGUUAUCGUUGCAGCUGAACGCGGCGAUGUCGUUUUGAGGCGCGAAAAACAUAAUUCCGGACGAGAGUCGUCGCGUGUACUUCCGGGAUUUGUCGAGGCCGUACGUGGUGCUUACAAGCGAAAUCCAAUUUCAUCUCCCUCGAAGUUGAUACGCUUCUUGGACGUUAAACGCGAAUGAAGCCGGUCAGAUUCGAUUAUUGCAAGCUGCUAUCGAACUCUUGCAUGUUUCAUGCAACGAGCAACACUGAAUUUCCUAUUACCGUUGAAGUUAUUACAGGAAACACGUUCUGAGCCAUGAAAUAAUUAUCAGAAAAUGUUCGUAGCACUUAGCUACGUAUCGUUUUCAAGAGAAUUCGCUCCAUAAAAUUGUUACGCGCUUCGACGCCCAAUCACAGAAUUAUUGCACAGGGAAACAAAUGCUCACGGUAAUCGGUCGUGCGCAAAUUUCAUUUCGCAAAUCAGUAAGCAUCGAUGAGCAACGUAUUCGCGGUUAAAUUUCAUACCGUGGGCUACACGGUCCGAUUAAUACCGACACAGUGUCGCCGCAGUAAACCGACACCAAUUAAACGUUCACGGAAUGUCAAAAAACGUUGAUUAUACCAUAUCCGUUCGCGCGAUUAACGACGAGUACAAUCGACACUUUGAGCUCCGAAUUGACUAACAAAUUUCACAGUGAUUAUAGAAAUUUUUAACGCUACAAUAGACGGAUUGGAUUAUAAUUUUUAUGGAGGAAUUGAGUUACUUAGGAGAGGAAAGGUAACAGUUUAUUUUACUGAAGGAUAUAUUACAUUGAAAAUAUGUUAACCACUAUUCUGGAAAUAAAUUUCGACAUUGAUCUCUACAUACUUCUUCCUUGAAAGAGAGUGGUCCAGUCCCUUCGAGGAAUGACGGAAAUGGGAUUAGCUCCUCUGGUCCCUCUUCUUCCUCGUAUCCUAUUUCCUGCGUAACCUUCGACCUUCGACCUCCUGAGGGAAAGGUAGAAAGGAUACGGAAGAAGAUUUCCUCGGUGAUCAGCGUAACUAGAUUGCAUAUCUUCCUUAGAAGUCUCAUAAACGGAAGACGACGAGCCCCUCGAUUAGCGUAGAUAAGGAAGUGGAUUGUUUCUGACAUUAACAAGAUUGUUAUCGUUGAACAGAGCGUUAUUUGACGAUAUUAUCUUGAAUUUUUUGUAACAUUCCGUUCAUUGCCAAGAAAUCUAUUUUGAAUCCAAGAUACAUUUUUCUCUUUUAUUCAAUAAACCAAACGUAUAUACAUUUAUUUCGUAGCAAUAUCUCUUGAAGUAUGAAAAAAGAUUCAAAGGAAAAUAUCAAUGCAAAUGGAACCAAGAUGAAAUUGAAUUUCUAUUCCAUGCACCAAGAAGAAACUUAAUCUAUAAACGAAGAUGUUAUAUUGUAAUAUAAAGAAAAGUAAUAUUCAAGCGACUCGUUUGAUGUCAUUAAAAUAAAAUGGCAGAUAAGAAUUCUUUUACUAAAAUCCAUUAGUCGAACUAUAUACCGAUCGAAAUUCGUUUCGGAUUAAACGAGGAUAAAAGUGAAGAUGGAAUGAAACAUGGAAAAUAUAAAUUCAGUUGGAGAAAGCUCAAUGUGUCGCGGUAGUUGUGGUGAAAUUGAAAAUUAAAAUUUAUGAUUCGGUUAAGCGGCUUGAGCACGACACUACCUCCGCCGGAGAGAAACUAACUAAGAAACUUUUGAAACAAUGGUGACUGGCUAGCUGGUAUAAAUAAUUAUACGGCUAACCUAUUUUCUUUCGCAUCCUUCACUUCCGUACCGACGCCAGUCCAUAAAUUCUCUCCGCAGCUUCCCGGAACUAUUUAUUUUCCUUUGUAAAUACCGAACACGAGAAAUUUUGGGUACAAAGUAGAGUAUUAUCGUCCACUGUAACACUUUUUUGGGCCCAUCUAUGUAUCUGCCAACAAACUUUUCCUCUUUGACAGAGAAAAUUAUCUUCCAGUACUGGCAAUAUUCUCUUAACGAGGAUAGAAUGAAAUGGCAAUUCGUCGUGUCAAAGGAUUGAUUAUUUCAGAUUUAACUAGUUUCCUGAUCCAAAGCUUACCGUCUUCCGACUUCGAAUCUCGAUGAACUUCGACAGCCAAAGUUUCUCGAACUGAAGUCAAAACGCGAGACAGGCUGGAAGCAAGUUUCCAUCCGUUCAGAUUAACCGAAGUCACGGUGAAACUCGUCAACAAACGAGCCAUACGCCUCGAUGAAAGCAACGGCUGCAGUUUCAAACAAAAUAGUCGUUAUAUUAUUGAUUAAUUCGAAGGAUAUAGUAAUUGUUUGGAAAUCCCAUCGAUUCAAAAUUCGUUCGCAGUUACCCACUUUAUUAAUCAAAGAAUUACGAAUUCGUCAGAAACUUCCACGGCCUCGCGAAUUAAUUGAACCCUGUCCAAAGAUCCUUCAGCCCGAAGGAGCACGGAUAACGAAUUUCAUUUUCAUUUUUCCCCGGUCGGAACUUUCCUCCUUGGAAUCCGUCCGAGCUAUCGGAAAAUUCCUCCUCCCGGAAAACUAGGUCGCGACGCGUUAAAAGGCUUCAUCAGCGUCUAAUCGAGCGAAUUGGAUAAUUAGAAUUAACUGGAGAAUUUCUUAUAAACGUGUCAACAGUUUGCGUUUUUCGUUUAAUUUUAAUUAACACAUCAAGUACCGUAAUGAAAACGUACCCUUCAAAAAUAACCUUUCCAAUAACCAUCUCAUAAAUUUACCACGAAUUCUGAUUCGACAUCGUUUUCAACGCUUUUUUCCCGUUCAGUCGGUGUUCCGGUAUCCUGGAACGUCCACGGAACGAAGUUCGGUAAUCGAUGAAAUUUCAUUUAGGUAGAGAACGCCGGUCGUAAUUACAUCGAGGAAUGCUAUCGAUUUGUACUAUGGUGUACCCGUAAUCACAGCCUCGUUGAAGUAUUAUAUAUACACGAUCAUAAAGAGGGUGUUGUCCGACGUUCUCUUUCGAACUCUACAGAUCGCAAUGCAUUUUCUGUUUACACGGCUGUAGUUUACAUAAUAUUAGCAGCAUUCACGCAGGAAACGAUCAAUUGGCAGACAUUUGCAUUGGAAAAGCGGACGCGCAUUAUACGCUCGUAUCAAUAUUAAUUUAACGUGCAAAUAUUAUUUUAAUCGAAGAGUACGAUUCCGAGGAACGGAGGAGAGAUUGUCAGGCAAAGUUUACAUUUGAACAAGAAAAACGAGCAGGGCUGUGUGGACGAUGAAAGUAUACUUGGCGGAAUGCGAACUGCCCCGAUGUCCCACAUUUAAACAAAUGUUUAUCUUAAAAUUAAUAUCAUUCAUGGGAACAAAUGGAUCACGGUUUAUAUACGAUAAAUUACGCGCUGACUAUGAUAGAUUGUGAGAGAAAUUAAAUAAUCAAAGCGGUGAAUUAUGGAAAAUAAUUUUAAGUCAGUCAUGAAUCAGCUCGCUUAAGUCAAAUCUUUCCAUUUCUAAAUCUAAGGACGAAAAUAUAUACGUCAACCUCAACUUGCGCAUAAAACUCUAUCGAAAAUCCAUCUAAUUGAAGCGACUAUUCGGACUGAACAGUAAAACUACCAAAUCUCUUGGUAAUCCCGUACAAGGUCUCAACAAAUUCAGCCAUGAAGCGCCUUAUAAUCACAUUUUCCGCCAGAAACUCACGCUUUACGAUGUCGCGUUAAUCUCGUGGUGAUAGGCGCUUCCGUAUCGUCCUGGCGACACGACACGUAAUUUUAUGGCCUCCAUAAAAAGACUUACAUUCGCGAAAGGAAGGAAACGAGUGGAAAAACGAGGAGGACAGAACGAUUCGUGUAUCAACGGUGAAAAAGCAAAGUAAAUUGUUCGGCAUACCGUACCGGGACACAUGUACGCCCGUUUCCGGGUCAACCUGGUUGUUUUGAUCCCCUUUCUUCCGGGGAUGCGCGUGUUACACCCGAGCGCGUGAAUCAAAAUCGUGUCAGCGGGUAGAUCAAUACGAACUCUACGAUCGAAACUGUUCGAACAAGAGCAGAUGAUUUGAAUUUGCACGAGUUUACACAAUGAAUUCCAUCAAGUACUCCACGAUCGAUUCCAUGGAUCCGACGAAAUUCGAUUAUUCCCUCGGGCGUGCUGUUUGCGAUUAACAGGGUUCCUGUUAACGAACCACUUCGAAACAGCUCUCCGAUGAAUUUCUUGCAAGCCACACUUGCAGCUAGUAGGUGUUAGAACACCUACUACGCUUCUUCUUGAUUUUUACUAUUACUUCUGGAUAAGGAAAAUUCAAAUUUAAUUUAUAUUUUUCACACGAUUCGUUAGACACUGCUUCAGCUCUGGUAAAUUGAUAUUUAUUUCAACAUUGAAUUUUUCAAUUGAAUUCAGCAUUGAAUUUUUUUACAUUUCAUACCUAUUAUUUAAAAGUUCUCUUAGCUCUACUGAUUUUAUUGGAAAAUAAAUGAGAAAUUGAAGAAGGUAAAUGGAAUAGAAGAGAAGUGUAUCAGUAUCAAUCUGAUGUUGAUUCCAAGUAAGCCAAUGUCUCGUGGAUCUUUCUGACGAAGUUUUCCUUCUGUAAUAAGAAAUGUAUUUUUUGUAGAAUAAGUCUAGCACCAUGAAAACUGUGCCAACGGUGACUGGGUACGAGCAAGGCUCGUACUAAGCCACGCAAUCCGUUUGCUCCUAUUUUCCAGAUUGCGGCAGCGGCAUGAACACACGAGACUGGUUACCAAGUGCCACAUGCGCGGAGUGUCGCGCGAUCCCGAACGAUCCAUCAAAAUCGCGACAGACAAUUGUCAAACUUUGUGUAUGCAGCUGUAGUGAGUAGAAGAGAAACAGGAAACGAACAGAAUUCAACGAAUAAAAGACACAUAAAAAAAAAAGAAGAAAGAAAAGUGAAUAGACAAAAGUGUGUUGCUGUUCGAUUGACGUGUGAUAAGUGAACGGGAAGAAAAAUAGGAAGAAAAGGGGGGAAAAGUAGGAUAGAAAUGGAGAUCAUCAGCGUGCAGAGUAUAUCAAAGUAUCGUUCGAUCGCGUCUAAGGCCAACGCGAGAUACAUUAAAACGCCAUUCAUGUUCCUUCUCGGGCCAGAGGCAAGGUUGUAAUUUCGUUUUCUUUCGGAAGGAACAAUACGCACGAUGAACCGUCUCAGGGAUCGUCGAGAGCUUCAAUCGGGUCGGAUCGGAUCGUAGAAGAUUAGAGGAUUCAGGAAGGUAGAGGAACAGCGUUGUCGAAAGGCAAACUUCAUGAAAAUGGACUCGACGAAGCUGGGUGGGCCAGCCCCAACCAGCCCAAGGGCUGACUCACCGGCCUUACCGACCUACGCGACCACCGCGGACGGCAACAUAGACUACAUAAUCGGGGACUACAUGGAAAGACUCGGCACGAGACUGAAUAUACUAGAGACCGAGCUAAAGUACGCGUGGAGAGCGUUAGACCUCCUCAGUCAGGAAUACAUUAAAAUGUGGGAGAGACUCGAGAAACUGGAGGGUCUUCUUUACGAGCAACAGACGGUGAUCAGUCAAUUGAUCGAGUUCUACACGAGCGGUGGCACUCACGAGAACGCGAACGUUGCAGAAGAAUCGAUGGCGAGUCAACAGAGUUCCGUGAGCGAGUUGGACGCGAUCGCGAAGAGCAUCGGCGCAACGAUGGGCAUCGAGGAGACGACCGCGUUGAGGGAAAAGUUGGCCCAACAGGAAAUGGCGAGAAUGCACGGACUGACGCAGGACAGCACGACCGCUGCUGCAGUAGUUACCGAUAUGCACAGAAACGUUAGGAACUUGGACACUCUGGAGACUCUCGCCGAAGAGAGUAACAUUCCAGACGAGGCGUUCUACAGGAGCUUGAACAAUGCUUACAGGGAGGACCUGAUCUGCGGCGACACGUCGAGACCGACCUCGCAACUGGGAAUGAUCUGGGAGGAGGCGGAGGAUGAGGAUGUUAAUGGGAAGAAAGAGAUCGAUACGAGCAUGUUCGAGAAAACGGCGACGAAGGAUACUGAACUGGAGGAAUUGGCUGGUAAACCGACGAAGGAGGAAAUUCAGGAGUCGGUGACGAAGAAGGAGGACGAAGCUGACGAGGACAAGGGCGAAGUGUUCAGCGCGGCUGAUUACAAAAGUUACCGAGGGAACACGCCUUGCGUCAGCGAACAGGAUCUUGCCCAACUGUCCAGGCUCAGUUCCAUCGAUCAGGUCGCUCUGGAGAAGUUACACGAACUGGACAGGUUGACCAAUAAGUUACAAAAAGACUCUCAGAACUUGAUAGAAUUACAGUCGAGACUAAUGGACUCUCCGAAGAGGCAAUACAACUCGGAAGCUGAAGCGAAAUUAGCGGAAGAGGCGAGUAGCAUAGACGAGCAACUGAGAAAGAUCUAUGCAGAAACUGACGUCGACAGUUGGACCUUCUCAAAGAGUCCUGGAUCAACAGGUAGAUCGAUCUCCAGAGUCAGCACGGACAGUGGUUUGGCCACCGACGGUGAUUUCACGACCAGGUCAAUUUCCCCAAGACUGACAUCUACGUCUAGAACGAACUUGGACUCCAUAUCGAGUACCUACACUCCUCCUAGACUAGGAUACGCCGCGACCGUGCGCGAAAAGAGUCCAGAUCCAAUGAUUCAGUUGCCCAUUGACGUUGGUAGUUUCGCGAAAGGUUACGCGGAGAACAAGGAACUGACAGACUUGAUGGUCGAAAGCUUUGCAGCCGUUACUUGCGCCUCGCCUACCAUUUACAGCACCACUACCGACAAAGUACCGUCUCCUACCCUCUCAGCGGGAAGUGUCCACAGUGUACACAGCGUCCACAGUGUACAAAGUCUUCGAACGAGGCAGGACGGCUACUUCGGCAGCGCUCCGCGACUCAAUCUAGAGUUUCAAGAAAGCAGAACGCCUCCAAGUCCGUCGCCCAGUUCACCCCCUCCUCCAGCUCCUCAAGAUUCGGGGGAGACUUUUCUGAUGCCAGGAGCUGAUCAAAGAGAACCCGAGACGAAACGAUCUCAGAGCCCCACGUUCCUGAGAAGCACGGAGAAACUGGUCUCUCUCGAGCAAGGUCGCCUCAGCCCACGUACUCCGCAUUCGCCUAAAUCGCCAAGAGUGUCGCCUAAGCACACCGCCAAACCGGGCAGUGUCGCCAACAUAGUCGCGGCGAAAUCAGAUUCCGGCCUAUCGUCCAUGAGCGGAUGGAGCAGCUUAGACAAGUCUCCAAGUUCUCCUAAGAGCUCGAUCAGCAAGAUGCUCACAUCCUACGCGGUGGAACAUGCCCGAGCGAGUUUAAUCUCGACCACAACUACGGGUAGGUCUAGCAGCCCUAUACCGCCUCUUCCGGAGACCACUACCUCCGUGGUCACGCAGGAACCCCUGUACGACACGCCCGAAGGAAGAGACGCUUUUGCAGCUACCGCGGCCACCUGUCAUUCUUACGCAGCGGCCAUGAACCAUUUGUCAGCGUUCACGUCCAUGAAGACACCGACUACCAAAGAUGACUAUAACUUCGUACCACCGCCUGCGCCGGCCGCCACCACCUGUCAAAGUCCGAAGAAACGAAGUCGUCAGCAGACGUUGCAACAACAUACUUACGACACAGUCGCACCUGGCAGCACGAUGGAUUACGUGUACAGAUCGGAACAACCUGCGAUCUAUUCAGUGGCUGGUAGCAAUCGACAACAAGCGAUCACCAGUGUCUACACCAGCGGGUCGGGAACCUAUGGUCCGAAGACCACGACCACGGCCUACUAUCCGGAUUCGAUGGAUCAGUACAGCUAUCAGGAAAAUUUCGGCUCCGCUCAGUACACGGAAUCAAGCGGGAUGGCUCACGCGAAGAAAGUUUUAAGAAGCGCCGCGUACGCGGAUGGAAUGACCAAUCACGAAGGGUACAAAGCCGCAAUGUAUCGCACAAUGUUCCCCACUGGAAACAUCACCGAUGCUUUAUCUUACUAUCCGACCAGCGCGAAUCUACCGCGAACGGAAACGAACGAGAGUUCCUGGUUAAACUCGAUGGAGGAUCAGAUACCUCACGACUCAACUUCAUCUAGCAUCAGGUCGUUAACUUCCGACGGCAGUUACUCGCAAAGUCCUUACACUGAUAGGAGGUACCCACAACCGCCAGCUUACCAGGCUCAUCAAUAUCAUCACACGUAUGCUAAUCAAGGCUACCCGCAAGCUUAUCAGCAACAAUAUCAGCCGUACAAUCAAAGACUGAGCAGCUCCGAAAGCGCACAACUCGCUGAUGGCUACCAGAGGCAAUGGCAAAGGGAGCAUCAGUAUAUUCAGGAUCACGAGGGCGGAAGAUUACCUAUCGAUCAGGCGCAGCAUCAGCAAAGCGAGUACUACGACGCUUCGAGCGUCAUAGUCUCCCAAUCAGGCUACAUCAGCAUCGCGACAAAUUUGAAGGAUCACGAGAUGGAGAACGCGAAGGCUGGCAAGAAAAUUAGAAGGGGUUCGUCGUUGAAAAACGCGAUGAGCUCUAUGAGCAACUGGUGGCCAGAUCUUCAUCUCAGCAAGAGACACAGAAGUCACUCGUUGCCUGGUGGAGUGAGGAGAGAAGACCUAGACAUGUCUCAGGAGCCUCAACAGAAACUUCCAGCGGACGCAGGCGUGACCAGAGGUCGUGGUAGAGGGCAAACCGCUAGGAAGAAGAAGAAACACAUCCUCGUCUCUACUGUAUCCGGAAUUCUGCAGAAGGCGAAAAGGCGAACCCAUCAGUCGCAAUCUUUGUCCGAUCCCGAACAAUCUGAAACCGAAUGGAGCAGCGGCAGACAGAGCGGCUUGUCGGAAGACGAGGACAGCGUGAUGUCCGACGCGAAUCAGGAGCCUCCUUUCUUCGCCAAGGUGAAAACUGCGAGCACAAAGCGUAAACCGGUGUCGCAAUCGGUUGUCCAACAGCAACAGCCAACCACGCAACCAUUGCCUUUGCAGCAGAAAGACUACAUUCAGCAACAGCAACAACAGCAGAAUCUACAGCAGCAACAGCAAGUUCUUCAGCAACAAAUUCAACAGCAUCAAGAACAGUUGCAACAACAGGCUCUUCAAGAUGGUUGGGGCAAAGAAAAAGAUCAGAGAAAGGAAUUGGAUCACGAUGGGUCCGAUCAAAUGGGUGGUUUCGACGAAGAAACGUCAGGAAAGAGCACUGGCUCCGGUUCAGGUGGUUCCUCGAUAUUCCAAACUGUCGGGGAUAUUAAACGAUCCACGGGUAGUUCCGACGAGGCACCGAACGAGAAGGCACCGAAACUUCCGCCAGUGACGCUGAUGGGCGCCAGUAUGGAAUUCGCUGUGUCCAGGGCACUGGGCAAGUAUCGUCAAAGACAGUCGUCCACAGUGUCCGACGAACAACCGGCGAGCGAGGAAGCGAGUAGCGAGAAGAAGUCUGAAGAUGGAACCGUCCAGACCCUAGAGACUAGCUUCGAGUAUCCUGAGGACGUGUCGGAGAAGAGCGAGAAGAGUGAAAAAUCUAGCAGCACGAGACUACCCGAAUUAGUGACCAGCAUAUCAGAAGAGGGUCCACCCUCUGAAGGAAGCCCGUCCGCGUCGAGCACGAGGGGUCAAACGACCGGAACUCGAUUCCUACCGCGGCAUCAGCAAUCUCUCGAAAUUCCUUGGACAGGUUCGAGGCCCGGCGAGCUGGACGAGGACAACCGUAGCACGCAUUCCUAUCGAAGCACGUCGAGGGUCUCCUCCAGGCGGCAAAGUACCGAGGACUCGAUUGAUUCCGAGGACGAAUGGUACCGAUACGAGCUGAGAAAGCUAGAGGAGCUCGAGAGACAGUCGCAAAUAGAGGUCGAGAUGGGGGAAGUGCUGGUGGAGGAACCCGAGGAAACCGAGCACUAUCAGCCAGACGAUACAGUGAAGGAGAAGAUGUCGUUCGUGUUGAAGGAACUGAAGCUGAAGGCCAAGCCACGGGAACAGAUCAAAGAAGAGAAAGAAGAAGUGCGAGGCAGCAAAAUCAAUGGAACACUCGCGAAGGAUCGGCGAAUAGAGGAGAGGGACAGGUACCGCGACGAGAAGCCUAUCCCAAAGCGAAAAUCCGCGGAGAGUAUCGAAGCGGUGUUCGCGAGGGUUACCGAUUACCAUACUUGGGCACACGAAGAAGAAGCCAAGAAAGAAAAACCGUCCUCUGCCAUGGAGGAAGGUUCCUCCGGUGAGACGUCAGGUCCCGACAGUCCGGUUCAAUCUAUGGACGAGGAAGAAGAAGAGGAGCUAUCGAAGGAUAUCGACGAAGAGCAAUCGAGACGCAGCUCCAGUGGCUCGACGUUUCGUCAAGGGGAGAAGAUCCACCCUGGUUCCGAGCCAAUUUCUCGCGAAGGUAGCGUGAGCGUUCCUCCCAGCGAGGUCUCCGUCAGCAUCCCAGGUGCUUGGGACUCGGAGAGCACUGUACUUGAAGGACUCGAACGUGACGGGGCAGGCAGUGCUGAAACAGCUACCACGGCCACCUUGAGCCUGCCGAAAAUCAAAAUCGAUUCCUCCUCCUGCGGUAGCUCGGACACGACGCUGAAGGAUGGCCAGGUGAGUCCUGGACCACCUGGUUCUAAAUGGAAGCUGUUGAAAGCGUUGAAAGAGCGUAAGGCAGAGGAGAAGAUGAAGGAAGUUGAGGAGGCCUCUAAGGAACCUACUAUUUCUCAGGGACCCACGGCAAACGGCAGCGGACCUGGUGGCGAAUCCGGCGGACGAGGCAACGGACAUCUCGGGGACAAUCCUUUCUACAGCAACAUCGACAGCAUGCCGGACAUUCGACCGCGCCGAAAGUCGGUGCCAUUGGUUUCCGAGCUGGUCUUGAAGACAAUGGCGGCGACGAAGAGGAACACUGCAGGUCUAGCAUCGGCUGUGCCCAGAGCAACGUUGAACGACGAGGAGCUGAAGAUGCACGUCUACAAGAAAACGCUGCAAGCGAUGAUCUACCCGAUUUCCUCGACGACGCCGCACAAGUUCGUCACCUGGACAGCUACGUCGCCGACCUAUUGCUACGAGUGCGAAGGUCUUCUCUGGGGUAUUGCUCGACAAGGUGUGCGGUGUACAGAAUGCGGAGUCAAGUGCCACGAAAAGUGCAAGGACCUGCUGAACGCUGACUGCUUGCAAAGAGCGGCUGAGAAGAGCUCGAAGCACGGGGCAGAGGAUAAAGCGAACAGCAUCAUCACAGCCAUGAAAGAGCGAAUGAAGCAGAGGGAGCGAGAGAAGCCGGAGAUCUUCGAGCUGAUCCGGUCAGUCUUCGGGGUCGACGAGGAGGCACAUACGCGUAACAUGAGGGCGGUGAAGCAGUCGGUUCUGGACGGUACCAGCAAGUGGUCCGCGAAGAUCGCCAUUACAGUGAUCUGCGCUCAAGGGUUGAUCGCGAAAGACAAGAGCGGCACGUCUGAUCCGUACGUGACGGUUCAGGUCGGCAAAGUGAAGAAACGAACCAGGACGAUGCCGAGGGAAUUAAAUCCGGUUUGGCACGAGAAGUUUUACUUCGAGUGUCACAACUCGUCGGAUCGGAUAAAAGUGAGAGUGUGGGACGAGGACAAUGACCUGAAGUCGAAGCUGCGGCAAAAGCUGACGCGAGAGAGCGACGAUUUCCUCGGGCAGACCAUCAUCGAGGUAAGAACUUUGAGCGGUGAAAUGGACGUCUGGUACAACCUGGAAAAGAGGACGGACAAGAGCGCUGUGUCCGGUGCGAUCAGGCUGCACAUCAGCGUCGAGAUCAAAGGAGAAGAAAAGGUGGCGCCUUAUCACGUGCAGUACACCUGCUUGCACGAAAACCUCUUCCACAGCCUGUGCGAGAAAAACGACGGUGUGGUCGCGUUGCCUCAAGCGAAAGGAGACGAUGCUUGGAAGGUCUACUUUGACCCGCCUGGCGAGGAACUCGUCGACGAAUUCGCGAUGAGAUACGGCAUUGAAAGUAUCUACCAAGCUAUGACACACUUUCACUGCCUCUCGACGAAAUAUCUAUGUCCAGGUGUGCCAGCUGUAAUGUCAACUCUUUUGGCGAACAUAAACGCGUAUUAUGCCCAUACGAGCGCAAGUUCCGCAGUCUCGGCCAGUGAUCGAUUCGCUGCCAGCAAUUUCGGGAAAGAGAAAUUCGUGAAGCUACUGGACCAGCUGCACAACUCGUUGAGGAUCGACCUGUCGAUGUACAGAAACAACUUCCCGGCUUCGAGCCAGGAGAAACUGAUGGACCUGAAGAGCACGGUCGACCUGUUGACCAGCAUCACCUUCUUCCGGAUGAAGGUUCAAGAAUUGUCCAGUCCACCAAGAGCCAGCACAGUGGUGAAGGAUUGCGUGAAGGCUUGUCUGCGGUCGACUUAUCAGUUCCUGUUCGAGAAUUGCUACGACAUCUACAACAGGGAGUUCCAAGUGGAUCCGAGCGAAGCGAAGAGGGACGCGGAAGAUCACGGACCCAGUUUGGAAUCGUUGGAUUUCUGGCACAAGCUGAUCGCGUUGAUCGUCUCGGUGAUCGAGGAGGACAAGAACAGUUACGCGCCUGUUUUGAAUCAGUUCCCACAGGAGUUGAACAUCGGUCAACUGUCAGCGGCCACCAUGUGGUCCUUGUUCGCGGUCGACAUGAAAUACGCGCUCGAGGAACACGAACAACACAGACUGUGCAAAUCCUCGGCCUAUAUGAACCUUCAUUUCAAGGUUAAAUGGUUGCACACCAACUACGUGAAGGAUGUGCCACCGUACAAGGGUGCCGUGCCGGAAUACCCGGCUUGGUUCGAGCCGUUCGUGAUGCAGUGGCUGAACGAGAACGAUGACGUCUCACUGGAAUAUCUCCAUGGUGCCUUCAACAGAGACAAGAAGGACGGAUUCCAAAAGAGCAGCGAACACGCGCUGUUCAGCGUCUCCGUCGUCGACGUCUUUACUCAAUUAACUCAGUGCUUCGACGUGGUCUCGAAGCUAGAGUGUCCCGAUCCGGAGAUCUGGAAGAGAUAUAUGAAGAGGUUCGCGAAGACGAUAGUGAAAGUGUUGGUCGCGUACGCCGACAUCGUGAAGAAAGAAUUCCCAAGUCAUCUGAAGGAAGAACGCAUCGCUUGCAUUCUCAUGAACAACAUUCAGCAGCUUCGGGUGCAAUUAGAGAAGAUGUUCGAAUCGAUGGGUGGAGAGAAACUGGAAGAGGAUGCGGCGAAUAUAUUGAAGGAACUUCAGCAACAACUGAACGGAGCACUCGACGAUCUGGCUAUGUUGUUCGCGAAGAGUCUAGAACCGAGGAUAACAGCAUCGGUGAAGGAGCUGGGUGAUUUGUUGUUGGCCAUCAAGGGUGGCGGACAAGUACAACUGUCCCAACCAGCUCAAAGGAACAACGUAGCAGUGGAAGCUGACGAAGUGCUUCGUCCUCUGAUGGUUCUUCUCGAUGGAAGUUUAUCGUUGUAUGCUGAAUCCUGCGAGAAGACUGUGCUGAAGAGGCUGCUGAAGGAGUUAUGGAAGAUCGUUAUGAGGAUCUUAGAAAAGACGGUCGUGCUUCCACCUAUGUCGGACAAGAGCAUGAUGUUCAAGAAUCUGACGGAUAACGCAAAGAAUCUAGCGGCGAACGCGAAGAUCGAAGACAUGUCGAAGUUGUUCAAGAACCAUAUGAGUGGCAAGCCUGAUGUGAAGAAUGCGCUCAGCGGUGUAAUGGAUAUUUCUAAAGAAGUUGAGAAGAAUCUGUCGCCGAAACAGUGCGCUGUUCUCGAGGUUGCACUGGACACCAUCAAACAGUAUUUCCAUGCAGGUGGAAAUGGUCUGAAGAAAGCUUUCUUGGAGAAAUCACCAGAAUUACAGAGCUUGCGAUAUGCUUUGAGCUUGUACACGCAAACGACGGACACUCUUAUCAAGACCUUCGUCACAUCUCAGGUUAACCAAGUGCCACUGAACAAAGCGUCACAGCUACGUCAGCGUCAACGUUCGAUGAGCAGCGAGAGAGGUGGCGACGAAGGGGAAGGAGCCGAGGGUAUGGAAAGCCUCGAGGAACCCCUUCGCCAGAGCAAGCCCUCUCUUCGUCGAGAGAGUCGACAAGUUCCAGAUACCGCUGGUACGGAUGAAGGUUCGGUAGGAGAAGUUAGCAUUCAGGUGGAUCUUUUCACGCAUCCUGGAACCGGCGAACAAAAGGUCACAGUGAAAGUGGUCGCUGCGAACGAUCUGAAAUGGCAGCUUGCGACAGGAAUGUUCAGGCCGUACGUUGAAGUGAAUCUGAUCGGUCCGCACUUGACCGGGAAGAAGAGGAAGCAAUCGACGAAGUCGAAGAGCAAUAAUUGGUCGCCGCAGUUCAAUGAGAGCUUCGAUUUCAUGAUCGGCAACGAGCAGCAGCAGCUCGACUUCUACGAGUUGCACAUCUGCGUGAAGGAUUACUGCUUCGCCAGAGAGGACAGGCUGGUCGGUGUGGCUGUGAUGCAGCUGAAGGACAUCGUUGAGGAAGGUUCUUGCGCCUGUUGGUUGUCGCUCGGGAAACGAAUUCAAAUGGACGAAACUGGCUGGACGAUCCUGAGGAUCCUCUCGCAGAGGAACAACGACGAGAUAGCGAAGGAAUUCGUGAAGCUGAAGAGCGACAUCAGACAGGAAACACCUCUGCCUAAUCCUACUUGAAGCUCGGAGACGCAGCAUUAAUAGCCGAGAGCGAAGCGACAUGCGUCCUUCGAGUUUGGAAAGAGCUCGGAGGUGAAGAAGAACAGGAGGGGCGUUGUCCACAGGGGAAACUAGAAGCGUUCGGCCGUCGUUGUCGAGAACGAAGUCCAUAACACCACCGUGAGACACACGCACACACGAGAAAUCGCCGAUCAGAACGAUCGGCCGAAUCUUUUUCGGUUCUAACCAUGUUAGCCAGCGAGGGAACGAGGGAUGCGUCCGCCUGAUCGACAUCUUUCUUCUUGUUCCCUGAGCAAACACACGUUCCGGUCGAACGUGUUCUUCUCUCUUUUUUUACGAAUCACAGAGCUUUAGCCCCGUCCCCUAAACGAACCGAGAGACAAAAGGAAAGCGUGUCAGACAACGUAUUCGAACGAACGGAGAUUCGAGUCUCCCCUAAUGUUCGUCCAUCGGAAGCAAGAUGGAAAAGAGGAAAUGAAAGGGCGAUUGCCCUUUCGAAGGCCGCUUCGAGAGGAACGACGAUCAAGACGGUGAUCGAUAGACACGGUUAAACACGGAACGGAUUAAUUAUUAUUCAUACGAGUGCCGUGACGAAGGAGGAUGGAGAGCCUUAGGUAUCGAAGAGUGUUCCGAAAAGACGCGAAACGUGGAAACAGUGCUGCCAGUACGCAAUAUAUUUGGUAAUAUUCGUAAGGUUAGGAAGAAGGAGUCGAAUUUAGUCGUAACGAUGCGUCUAGCUCGAUCACGCCUCGUCGAAGUACUAUCCGGAUAUCCCGGUGGAUAGCCAAUCGACGGGGAUCGUGAUGGCACUACGAGAACGAAGGAUAAUCGAAUCAGGGUCCGUGGUAGCAAACGAAACGGUCGUGCUUUCGAAAUACUGAAAAUACGAAUAAUCGUGCUGCAACGGGGGGGAGACGUGAUACCUAUAACAUAGACCCUCGUGCGAGACGACGUUUUAGGCCGUUUGUUCGGGAAGACGAGUUUACUUGUAGAUACGUGAAACACAUUGUUGACGAAGAAGUUUUUUCUAAUAACAGUUUAACAUAGCAUUGCGUACGACCAAUAGGCGCGUCACGACGUUACUCGGGUCGCGCCGUUAGUAAUAAAAAUAGGCAUUGUAAUGUAAAGUUACGUUCUUAUCGUAAGGAUUAACAAGAGAUCGUAAGAGUCUGAUUGUUGUGGCGAAUGAUGAAACGAGGUCCGCUCGAAGACUUCGAACACUGUCCGUGAAUCAUCCCUAGUCUCGCUUCGAUAACCCUUCGACGUCUGAAAAGCAUGAAGAAAUAAUAAUAAAAAAAAAAAGAACACAGAGCGCUUCUUCGUCCGCCUUCGAUUUCCCAUUUUCGUACGAUAUCGUUAAAAAUCGAGAGCUCGGUCGUCGUGGUCGUCGAACGCGAAACCGUAUCUACGAAUCGACGACGGGACAAACUUUUUUGGAAAUUAAACUUUAUAUCGUUGUAGCUGUAUGGUAAUUAAAAACUAAUCAUCUAACUUCGACACUUUUUCCCGACGAUCGUUGCUUUUUGUGUGAGCGAGCAAAACCAAGUAUAUAAACGCGACGAGGUGGAACGCAUGCUUCGAAAACGGACAUUUAAAUACUUCUCUGUCCAUUCGCUUGAUAACUCCAUUGAUAUUACUCUUGUAUAUAGAUGAAACGUUGUCCUCUCGUGGACACCGGUACGUUCGGUUUCGUCGAUCGUUGGCUCUCGAACGACAUAAGACUUCCCCUUCCCCAAAAAAAGAAAACGCGAACUCGAGGAAGUCGAGGGCGGACGGGGGUUAAAUGGUCCCUCGAUCUGCUACAGUACGUUUACGGAUGAUCCUUCGUUUCGCGUUUAACGUCGUUCGGUAACUUCGGAGACGCUUGUCAAAAAAGCUGCACGCGUCGCAGUUAUUCGCACGAAGCUUCGAUCGGAUCUCCCCCGAGAUAACUGUGAACAAACGAGGAAAGAAAAGAUGAAACUUAACGACGAUGCACAAGAGUUGCACGCGACUUUAAACAAAAAGAAUCUAAUGAAUUUCAUUCUCUCCGGCCUUCGCACAGGUCGACCAGACAUACAAUUCCAGAGAUUAAACACGAUUAUAUCCAACAAACAAACCAAAAAAAAAAAAAAAGUUUCUACUACGUAGUACGUCUAGAUAUACUUACGUAUUGUGUAUAGUGUCUAAAUGCUGAUGUAGCUGCGAGCGCGGGAUAUUCGUUUGGAGAGAAAGAGAGAACGAUAGAGAGCCACCCAGGAAAAGGAACGUUCCACGAUCUAACGAUAUAGAUUAUAUCGAAGAACCAGGUGUUUUCCAUACUCGAACGCGUACCUUUACAGAUCAGCCGCAUAGAGGUUCGUUUAAUGGUUACGUAAUUUUAUCAAAAUUAUCUCUUAUACACGUAAUUUCGCGUCAAGGAUCCGACCGGUUUCACGGUAGCCCGAUCCUAAUCAAGGAAACUUGUAGAACACUUAUAGAGACACGAUGUUUCGAAUCGUUUCAUUUAACGAACAUCACUGGGAUGUUCCACGACGCGGUUAGAACGCUUAGAUCUACGUAUACAGGUGGCCAAAUCUGUGCCGUUCGAUUAGAAAACUCCUGACGAAUAAAAUACUCCUUGUGCGCGCGAACGCGUUCCAGAUCGUUUUUCCGAGCCCGGAAGCGUGAGCGCGUUAAAAACAAAAGACAAAGAAUGAAAUAGGAAAGCCGUCGGUAACGUGGACGGAUAGAAAAAUGAAAAAGAAAAAAAAGAACAGAUGAAAGAUAGAAAGAGGGAUUACGAAAGGGGAUAAAUGGGAAAGCAGAGAGAAACACACGGGUCCGCGAUCUCGCCACCAUCUUCAUUUGUAAAAGUGUCUAUUUUCUCCGCUGCCUAAGUACUUACAUACUAAUUGCGAAACAAGGGCUGGUGAUUCGGUAUCCAGGCCAAGCGUGUCGACGAAACGGGAACGGGCCUUUGUGUCUCCACCUCCCUGACACCUUUGAAUUUACGGGUCAGCCGGUAAUCGCGCCUCGUCGACCACACUGGCCAUCAAUUUUUUCCUCCUACUCUCCGCUUCGAUUAAUAUCUCGUAAGCUUAAUGAAAAUAUCUCGUGUAUUCUGUGAUAAUUACCCCUUUAAAGUACACACAUACACACACACAUCCACACACAUGUUACACGCGCGUCUUUUUCGAGCACUAACAUCAGCGUACAGUAUCAUUUACGUGAUCACGUACAUACAAUACGCGCCCCAUACAACAAUCACACUAAAGCACGUGAUUACACCGAUCCCAAUAACAACAGUAUUUUUCUCUUUUAAAUGACAUUUCGAUUUCUAUUCUCUAUACUCGUUAAACGUCCGAAGAGUCUCGUCGGUGUGUGAGAACGAAAGGUACCGCGGUUAUCGUCGAUAUGGCCAACCGGAAGUAAAAAAAGAAAGGAAACGAGAGGGAUGCAUCUAGAUAAAUGAAAAGGAAAUUUUCACGCCAUUCAUAGUAGUAGGAAUAUAGAUAUUCUAAUUUCUCUUGGUUUUUCUCAUUAUUCUGUCUUGUUUAGGGACAGAGAACAGUCUCUGAGAGGUUGAAAAUAUGGGGAAGGAAAAUACAUAUCUCGUAGAAUGAUCAAAUGAUAAGUUAUUGUUAGGUUGUUGCACAUCAAAUGGUCGAUAUCAAAAUGAAAAGGUGAAAUUCGUGUAUUGUUCCUCUAAGGGUUUCAGUCAGGAUAUUCCUAAGUGAAGGCUAUUGGAAAUUUAAUAAUAAACAUUUCUUUUUCUUCUCGAAUAUUUUAAUAAACUAGUUACUGCAAGUGAUCUAAGGAGAACAGUAUAGUUAUUAACAGCUUUUUGAAUAAAUCUACCGUUUCAUUCGCAACAGUCUAGGGGUAGACAGUGAAAAAGAGCAUGAGAUUUAUAAAUACUUCUUUCUGUGAUUAAUCUUGUUGCGUGAAUCGAUUGAUCGUUUUCGAAAGGACAAGGGAAAGGGAGCAGAGGAAAAGAGAAAAGAAAAUGGGACGCGUACAAUGUAAUAGGGUCAAGUGUUCCGUAGUUCUUGUUCGACGAGAACGCAACAUGUCACCGCGGGUACUUUUGUGUCCGGUAGCCGACCACAGGCGCAGAACCAAAGGAAAGGAUGAAUUACUUAAAACAUCAGACUCUAGAUUUGCUGUAUCGCGGGAGUGUGUAGCAGUGGAAACCAUUUAACAAAGGCAAGAAAGAUAUAUAAAGAUGAAACGAGGAAACGAACAAAUUAUAUACACAACUGUUGACAAUACUAUGCUUGAGAAAUCGUACGAUGCGUAUGUAAUAUAUCUAACAAAAUAUUAAUUAAAAAGAACAAAAGAAAAACCAUUAAAAAAAGAUAAUAAUGAAAAUGAAAAAAAAAAAAUAUAAGAAGACGACGGAAUGUUUGUGUUUCGUAAGUAAAGCAUAUUAAGGAGAUACAUUUGUAAUCCAUGCGACGAGAGACGCAUUUGCAAGAAAAAAAAACGACAAAAAAAAAAAGAUAAUACUAAUUAUUACGGAUCGCGUAACUCUGUGCGUACAUGCGGAUGACUGCGUGAUUAUUAGGUAAUUAAUAUCUUAACGAGUAAAGAGUACGGUUUUUUCUUUUUCGUCGUCCCCACAAAGAAAAAGAGAGAGUAUACCACCGUUGUUAUCAAAAUUUUUCACGCUAAACCAAACGAACGAGGAGAAAGACGAGAAAGAGUACUUACAUUAUAAUUACAUCACCGCCAUUGCGCAGCCUCCGAAUAUAAAUAGGUGAACCUAAAAGCAAUUGUAUCCGAGUCAAACACGCACAUUCAACACAAAGAUAAAGAAGAGAAAAAAAGAGAAUAAUACCUAUGAUAUCCCAAAUCCUCAGAUAUCUUUAUUAAAUAAACGUUUCGCUUUCGUUCGUUCACUCACACGGAGAGCUUGUACUUAUCCGUAGUUUCGAACACGUAUGCAUGAUUUUUCGAUUAUCCCUUUUCUCGAUAUUAUAGAAUUUCUUAUUUCAUCAAACAAUCCCCGUGCAACUUCUCCUUCGUUCUCUCUAACAUUUCAUUGAUCGUUUGACAAUUUUGAUCGGGUCAUAUAUCAUUGUCAUUAUUCGGCACGGUGUGGAUCAUCGAAGGAGUUUAAAGAUUGUAACGAUUUCUUCGCGUUUGCAUGGUGCGACUGAAUGGAUUUUGCAAUUUAAUUAGCACGAUUUCAUCUUCAAAGUUUUCUUUCAAAUACGAUUUUAAUAUAAAGUUCGUCGUAAUUAACACGUUGAAUGCCUUGAAGAUCAACCGCGAGUGGCGCCACAAAUUUGAUAUAAUCAAAUUGAUAAAAAAUUACAAAAAAUUCUAAGUAGCAGCAUGCCGUUUUACUGUGACAUUUAACGCGUUGAUUCGUAAUAAUCUAUUUAUAGAGAUCUACAGCUUAUUCUUAUUCUUCAAAUAAUUGAGAUAAAUAGCCGGUUCAUUUGGCGGCGUGUUCAGAAUCUGAUAAGAUUCGAUCGAUAAGCCUGAAAACGCGACGCGAUGUACAGUGUGAGCGAGCGAAGGAGAGAAUUUAAAUGACAAAAGUCAUUCGAUAACGUGCGGACGAAAUACGAGGUACGAUAGAGACUGUUUAUAAGUAGAGUCUAUCGAUCAACCGCAGUAGCUAAUGAUGAAUAAUAUUGAUGAGGUGAUUUGUCACGAGAACGAACGGCAAACGAGGGAAAUCGAUCAGAUGUUUUAUCGUCGUUGAAUCAUCGUGCCAUGUUUCAUAUCGUCGUGUCUUACAUAAACAUAGGCAAAGUUUAAAUAUCAUUACUAUCAUCAAGUAUUUAGAUAGGAUUUCAAUUGUGACUCGAUGUUACACCGCCGUAAUUGCCCUAAUUAAAUUCGCCGUCUAUUGAUAAUCAUCGAUAACCGGGAGGACUGGUAAUUUUUGAAAUCUUUUCGUUUGAAUAUCGACACGUUGCAUUUUGCUUCCCGUAUGGAGGAAGUUAAAAAAUUUAUAAUGUAGAUCCUAAAAUUACCGCUGAGUUGUAACGUCCACCGUUCAUUUUAUCGAAAACCUCUCGAUUAUCGACUGAUGAUUUAACGGUAAAAAGGGAAAAGAAAAAGAAAGCGAAACUGAGAUACAGCUAAUUGUUGUUGCUAUUGUUUCUAUCAUCUCCGUCUUUAUCACGAUCACCGUCAUUGUUGCCAUUGUAAUUACACAGCAUGGAUCUUCGUCGCGCCGGCGUUAUACGAAGCGUCCGUUUGUUGCCUCGGCUAUCUUUUUGUAAUUUAUCAUUUUUCGCAUGGACAGUACGCGCACGUGUAAGAUAUUAUGGCAUUUUAGUCGUUGUAAUCGCAGAAUAUAUUGCACAUACGAUUGCACAUAUUAUACAUACAUGCAUUGCAUACAUAUAUGUAUAUAUAUGAUCAUGAUAUACAUUUAUGACCCGACGUUGCCUCGUGUUUCAGCGAAUUUGAAGAAAUCCGAUGACUUUAACAUAGCUAGACAUAUUUAUAUAAUUUUUCAAUGAUUCGUUUGCGAAAUCCGAUAGAAUCAAUCCCCGCCGAAAUUGCGAAGCGGCAACAAAAAUGACGCAUUUUCGAAACGCCUAGUUCAUUCAAAAAUUUAAAAAAUAUCUCCACUCUAUACGCAUUCAUUAUUCUCGAUCCCCAUUUAUCGUCCUUGUAUGUAUACAAUGCGCUCCUUGAUCUUUAUGAUCAUGUGUUAUUUUCCAAUUUGUUCUUCGUUGAUUUAAAAUAUGUUUGAUGUACGGAUCAAGCGUAUAAUUUUGUUUGUUCCGAAAAUCCAGGUGAAAUGAAAGGAUUAGCAAAGAAACGGUGCUCGUUUCACGAACAGAAUGCUACUCGUCCUUCUUUUAUAAAUGUUAAAGUUUUAGGAUCUGAGGCGCCGUUAUCCAUUGUACAUUGCGGAGACGCGAUAAAAUGCGUCCAUCCUUUCGAUAGGAUUUUCCACCUUGUGGAAUCUGCUCUGUACAUUAAGCAAUAAUCGUGACAAAACAUUGCUUAGUGUAUCGGAAAUUUGAACAGUUUAUGCUGGAAAUGAAGCAUCGUUAUCGUGUCUCCACAAAUUAGGAAACUAAUCGAAUAAUGCUAGCGCAGUUAUUUCGAAAAUGGUAGAGAAACGAUACACACCGAUAUAAAAAUAUUUGAUUUUAUGUUACGUAUCUCAUUCCCGUUGUCCGUUCGCACAGUUUGCUCGUUCCUCAUUUGCAUAAAUGUACCAUAUCCAAAAGGUGCUCUUAAAUGGACAGCGGAACAAAAAGUGUAUGCGAUAUAAGAUGGUAAAUAUUAAAAAAUUGAGAAAGGAUGGCUUUCUUAUUGGAAUGGGCUGCCUCAGGGGAAGGUAACCCAGGGACUCUAAUAAAUCAUCAAAACCUAUAAA